AUGCUUAUGUCUAUACCACCAGCUUACCAGAGCGAGCUAUCAGCUCUCGAGGGCGAGAUAGAGGAUCUGUGGGAGCAGUACGUGCAGCGCUACCGCUGCGUGGAGGCGCUCAAGCACCAGCUCAGUCUGCUGGAGACUGCGCAGGCUGAGGCAGCAGAAGAGCAACAAGCGGCCAUCAUGCAGCUCAUACACAAGUACGAAACGGAAGACGUGUUGGGGAAACUCAGUGAAUCUGACGACAUGGAGUCCAGUGAUGAAGGCAAGGAGUCAGUGAAGCACCCGCGCCCCGCCACGAGGCCCAAGACCAGGCUCCGGAUCAAGACUGCAGGAGUAGGGCCGGACGCGCGCCACGCCUUCGGCAGCAUGCAGGCGCGGGGCUCGCCCGAGGACCUCGGCGCCUCCAGCUCCGACACCGACCUGUCCGACGCCCAGCUGUAUGGGGACGGCGGGCGCUGGUCGCGGCCGCGGCCCGCCACGCGCACGCUGGCCGCCGCCGACCACUACGCCGACCUCGAGCACGGUGCGGAGGAUGUGGAGGGGGAGGCGGAGGGAUCGGAGGGCUCGCUGGGGAGCUCCUCGGAGAGCGAGCUGCGGCUGACGAGCGCGCACCCCGGCCGGGUGUCCGCGCUCAGUGAUAAUGAGUUU